UAUAAACAAUGAGAUUCAUCUUGGAUUCAGUUAUAAAAUAAAUUUAUCUACGUAAAGAAUUGCACUUUUUCACAAGUUGGCUAUAAAUUCGGAAGAUGUUUGAUAAAUUGUCCUGUAUACUGUGCUUGGAAAAAUGUAGUCCUUUCAGUGGCCAAAUAAAUAUAGAUUCUGAAGAGCUGCAAUCUGUGAAAGUCAGUGAAAUUAUCGAAAAGCAUUUCAAGGAAGAGCUGAGCAUGUUGGCAUACUUUUCAACGAAAGUUGUAUGCAAUCAAUGUUGGGAAUUGGUCCAAUCUUUUCAUGAAUUCUAUGUGCGUGUGCAGAACGCACACUUGGCAGCAAGUAACACUCUGAAAUCAUUACAAGAGCUAGAGAUAACCGAUACAGAAAUAAAAGUAAAGCCUGAUGCAAUAGACGAGUUAGCAUCACCUCCAAAACGUCGUCGUGGCCGUCCUCGUCGUCAAAAGGUGACUGAGAAUUCUUUAGAUUUUCUGCCGAUUGCCUUAAAAGAAUGUAGUGUUAGAAUUGAGCAACUGAUAUUUCCAAAUAGCAAUAAUAUUCAAGAUAACCAGCAAGAUAAAAAUAUAGAAAAAGUAGAUAUUAAAAGUGAAAUAUUGCCAGAGGAAACGGCAGACGGAAAUUAUUCUUCGAAAUUAUCUGAUGACGGAAAUGAAUUAGGAAGUCCAAUACGUCCAAGUCCUAACGACAUCUUCAUGGUGCGUUCUUUACAGUUGAAAAAGAAGGUGCGUACUAAAAAAAGGUUAAAAAGAAAGCAAAGUGAACAAAAGCGAGAGCCAAAACAAAAAAACAAACCACGGCAUAAAACAUCGGACUAUGAUGACUUCAUUGCCCAACAUUUUAAAUUAGUCUGCUUUCUUUGCCAAAAAUCUCUAACAGAUUUUAGAGAAGUAAAAAUUCAUUAUCGGGAACAGCAUCAAAUAGAUGGAUAUGUAAAAUGUUGUGGAAAGAAGUUUCUUAAACGAGGUAUACUCGUUGACCAUAUCUACUUUCAUAACGACCCCGAAUACUUCAAAUGUCAGCAUUGCGACAAAUUAUUGGUCGACCGUCGUGGGCUUGAAACGCAUAUUCAAUUUUUUCAUGGCUCUAGAGAACGUAUUUAUCAUUGUGAUAUUUGUUCUAAACGAUUCUUUCGUCGUGAAGUUCUUGCUCGACAUUCUUUAAUACAUGCUUCAGAUGAACAAAAGAUUGUUAAGUGUACGCAAUGUGAGAAAACGUUCUGUAAUGAAUACAAAAUGACACAGCAUUUAAAGCUGGUACAUCUACAUUUAUAUGCCAAAAUAUGUGACAUCUGUGGAAAAUCCUUUCACGGAAGCGAAGCAUUUCGCCGACACCAGGAAGAACAUUCUGAUUUACCGAGAUCACUGAUUAAAUGCGAAUGUGACGCUGAACUUACGACAAAGUACGGUUUGGUGGUAAGGGUCUUCCGAUGA